GAGAUAACCCUGCACGAUGUCUGUCUGAUGCUAGUCUUGGGUGGAGCAGGCAUCGCUCGAUGGCGUUGAGUGGGGCGGAAUCCGUGUUGCUGCUCGUGUCUCGAGACUAGUUUCUCCCGGAAGUGGGUGGUUUAGUCGCCACUCGGUCACUGCUGGCUAACGAGCGAUCGCUGGGAUGAAGCAGAGUCGGGAACAUUCUUGGGGCUGACAAAUAUCCGACGACACAGUGGUAAAAUUUCAGUAUUUAACCAGUUUGUUGCGGUAUAUCCGCAGAAAUCACCACAAACGCUCACAAAAAGGCUCAGACACCCCGCCGCCAAGAUGAUGGAAGAAAUUGACAGAUUUCAAGUGCCGACUGAGGCAGAUAUGCAGCCUUUUGAUCCAGCAUCAUCGAACACAUCAGAGGAAGACUCAGAUACCAGGGAGAGUGAGCCUGCCACCCUUAACUAUAAACCUUCCCCUCUCCAUAUGAAGAUAGACAAACAGAGAGACUUGGUUAGGAAAGGAUCACUGAAAAAUGGCAAUGCUGGAAGCCCUGUCAAUCAACAACCCAAGAAAAAUAACGUGAUGGCCAGAACAAGGCUUGUGGUUCCCAAUAAAGGCUACUCUUCUUUAGACCAAAGUCCAGAUGAGAAACCUUUAGUUGCUCUAGACACAGACAGCGAUGACGACUUUGACAUGUCUAGAUAUUCCUCCUCAGGAUACUCAUCAGCCGAGCAGAUAAACCAGGAUCUGAACAUCCAACUACUGAAAGAUGGAUACAGGCUGGAUGAAAUCCCUGAUGAUGAAGACCUGGACCUCAUACCACCCAAAUCCGUUAACUCCACCUGCAUGUGCUGCCAAGCCACUUCCUCCACUGCUUGUCAAAUCCAGUAAACCAGUCACCUUUUCCCCUUCUUGUGCUCCCUCUCUCUCUUCCCCUCCCUCUUUCCUUUUCAUAACCUCAGAUAAGACAUCUAAUCAGUAAUGCAGAGGGAAAUGUACAGUAAACGUUAUGAUGAACAUGGUGUACAGAAAAUGUGAACACAUAGACACACAAAACACAUUACAUGUGCUAAUACACACAUUUACUCUUACUUAUAAUUAUAAACAUGACUACUAUUGGUUGCUUCCUCCUAUGGCAGGAUAUGCACUGUUUGCUAAUAUGUUAGGAGAGUCUGCUCACUUUCACCUCCUAGCUGGCAUUGUGUUAUACUGUACAAGUGAACGUAGAACAAAUAAAGCAUUAAAAAGACUUUAAUUGUGAAUUUUAAAACAACUUGAUGUUACAGAGGGUUUGAACUAGCUUAUCCACUGAAUUCUCUGCUUUCAUGUUGCACUCAUUGCAUUAACAUUGUCAUUAUGGUAAGAUUUGGGUUUCGUAUGGAUCUGGUUGGAUGUUUAUUGUUCGUGGCUGCUAUUGAGGCUAUACUUGGAUUUGUUUCUGUUGAACAUUUUGCACAUUGGUGCAUUCGUACUGCAGCACUAACAGUAGCCUUGUCUGGCAUGCACCUGGGCAUCACACUUUUUGUUUACUCUUGAUAUCUUACAUAAGUAUUUAAAUGAAUCAUGUUUGAAGCUACGCUGGAUUUGAGAUCCGAAUGAGUCAUGAAAGAAAUGAAAAGGAAAUACAGCAACCCUUCUUUAUUUGACUGGUCAUUUCUGAAUGGUUAUUUUCACAGAAACCUCUCACUACAGACUGAAUAUGAUCAAAUGAUGGCACGAAGAUCUUUCUGUCUCUCAAAGCAGUUUUUCAAAGGUCAGAAAUCACUAGGUAUGAUUUAAUAGCCAAUAUGAUAUAUCAUAGCCAGAAUGCCCAAACAUGUUAGAUGUAGAACGCCUGUAAGCUUUCUUACAGUAAGUACUGUUUUAGUCUGAAAGAUGUUCAGAUUUCACAAACUUGAAGGCACUAAAGAAUGUUUAUGCUCCUUGUUGGAAUCACUUUACCUUGUGUCCAUUUUAAUUUCGCAUUUUAUAUGCAUACCACCAAUCAGAAUGUAUCACUUUGAUUCAUGGAAAUCAGUUACUUUCUCAGACAUUGUAGGCUAUAAAAGCACUCGUUUCUGCUGGUCUUUGGAACUAAUCUUAGAAUGUUAAUGUUGCUAAACUGAUCAAAUCUCUGGCCUCAUUAUUGUUAUUAUUAAAAUGAUUCAAGCUAUCAAUGAUGAAACUGUGCUGUUCAUUUACAUAUUAAAUCCUUUUACAGAUUUUACCCUUCCAGUCAGCUUUGAAAGCCAAGUUAUCUUUACACUCUUCAUAUUGUCAAGUUGUAUCUCAAAAUGAAAACUGUUUUCAUUCAGACUGCACAUAUUCACUUUUUAGUCUGUUUCAACUAUGACUAAAAUAGUGUAAUGACCUGACAUAUCAAAAUUCAAAGUGUAAUCAAAAGUGAGCAUUUGUUGGACAGAAGCUGUGUUUUUAUGUUAUAUGUUAAUUAUGUGAGAAAGUAAAGUUAUGUAUUAACAAUGUUGUUACUGGUUUCAGUGAUAUCAAUAAAAGCAGACCUGAAUUAC